CAGACUUCAAGUUUUUCGCUCCUACCAGCAGUUCUUUUUUCUAAGGCACGAGCCAAAGCUGCUCUGCCACGUAGUAGCUUUUUAUUGAAAUAGCGCUAGCCAACAUGUGAGAAGAAAGCUCUACUUUCAAACGGUACCACAUGACCAUCAUCAACAAACAAACAAACAAUAAAAAAUAACUUUAGCUUGACCUUAACUAUUGAGUUUUUUUCGGGUAUUGCGCUCUCCGCGCGCAGUGAAAAAAAAUGCUCGGGCGAGCGAUCGGUCGACGCACAUCGAUCGUCGGCCCCGCUGUACCAACGCGAGGAGGUGCUUCGAACCGAGACACCGCCACCAUUCCCAACUUGCCCGCUUCAGGUUCGGGGUCGUGCUGUGUAAAUGUAGUUGUCGUUGUCCAUGUCCUGGCUAGCGGGGCAUAUAUUAUAGUAAAUUUCCUGUACACGUACAAAGUGCCCGCUUUUCUUCUAAUUAGAAAACGACGCAAAAAGAUUGCAAUGCAAAAAAUUUGAAACCAUGCAUGACGAUACGCACACAAAGGCACGCACCACGUACAACAGCCGGGGCGGCAGUAAAGGCCCUAUGCUGUUGCUGGUGGUGCCUGUAGCCAUAUUAGCUAGCUAGAGGCUUUGCCGGGUUCCGCGCUAGAUCCAUGUACUCACCACCACGGGCCGCAUUUCCGUGCGGUGUUGUGUGUUUUCCCUAAAGAAGGCGAUCGCGCUCGAACAGCCAAGCCCGAUGCUGUCGGCACGAUUACAGCACAGCACAACACUCCCCACCUUCAGGCCCAUGCUUUUCCCCUCUUCGUCUUUCCGGGCGUUAAAAGCGAAACCACGCGUCGCAAAUCCAUCGAGGGCGUCUGAGUCAUCAGGGGCCUCCGGCUUCAGAGCGGUCUGUUGCCUCUCGUACGGCCUGGCCCGUAAAUGUUUCAAAGCCGUGGCCGCUACUGGGCCGCUUGUCUUCGUCCAGAUUGCUGCUUCCAUGCCCCCGCGCCACCUGGUUGCGACAUGCGGCAAGAGAGAUGGGCCUACGGCGUUGUGUUUUCAAAUGAGGGCUGGGUGGUUGGAGAGGGAUGGUUGGAGAGGGUUGGUCGGAGAGGGGUGGUUGGAGAGGGCUGGCAGAUAUAAGUAUUUUUUUCGAGCUUUUGACAGCAUUGCAUUCAAACGACGUCGAAAUCACACACGUGAUUUGUGUACCGUCAACGCAAGAAACACACACGCAAGAAAAUGUCGCGGCUUUUUCUCGUUGGCGACGAUCUCCGUGUCGGAGAUCUCGCCACGCGGGUUGUCAAGCUGAUCGGCCCAGGCGAGAAAGCGCCUCCGUGUGUGAACGCUGCAAAAGGCCAAAACUAGCCAGCUUAUCGAGUUGGAAACUAGGGGGCCCAGGUUGCCCAAAUGCAUUACCAUUAGCGGCUGCUUUCACAAGGUCGAGAACCAAAACAAAUACAGCCGCCUAUUGAGUAGUCUCUCACCCAAAACACAACCGCUUCAGGUUCGGGAUCGUGCUGUGUAAAUGUAAUUGUCCUGGCUAGCGGAGCCUCGUACCUGCUACCCAGCGCCGGAGUGCGGGGUGAAUUAGUGGAGCGCUCGCAUGCCGAAGAUGUCGGGCAGAAAGGAAGGAAGGAAGGGCGCAACUUGUGGUCGCUGACAGGUACACUCCAUAACUUUUGCUCCUAAGCUUGCGAGGUUUUCAGAAUGUGCAACUUUCUGGCUUUUGCUGUGUCGCGAAGAUCGCCGGUGUUGUCUAUGUGAUUGCAUCUCACCACCCAUACGCUGCAUCAUACAAAAAAUAAACUAAAAACAGCGGGAUCUCCGUGCGUAUGGACGAUGCCGGGCUGGAAAGUUCGGCGUUUUCGGACGUUGUGCCCGAAGAGGUGUUCACGGAGACCAAAAUGAAGGACUCCCAUGUGCGGAGCAAGAUUGAUGAUGAUCUCCUUCUCGAUCCUCGGUCCGGUAACUAUAAGAGGUUCAACUGUUGACUUUAAAAACGGCUCUCGAAGAACUUUUCUCAAAUAGCUACAAAACAAUGCAAAGCAGUAUGCAUUUUGAAUUAGCUACUUCAGCGGUUUAUCUUUAUGUAGGUAAGCUAGCUAGGCCUAGGUCUUUUCUCCUCUAGCUUACCUACAUAAACCGCUGAGCUAGCUAGUGAAACAGAGCCAGUUUUUGUAUGCGAAGCAGCUCUUUGAGAAAAAUUCGAAAACCUUUUUAACGUCAACAGCUGACCCUCUUAUAGUUGAACGCUUGACAUAGUUAGCGGCGCAGCAAACCCACACGAACUCCUUGACGAGAGACGAGAUAUUUCCGGAAAUCAACUGAAGGGCCACGUCGUGAACAAACACCCCCACCAGGUUGUCCAUCUUGUCGGUACACAGUUGGGAAAAAUGGGCAUGCGUUACAUCCCGGAACAGAAGGUGGACCUUCUCUUGGAAGAUAUCCGCGAGGGCAAGGACGUUUACGGCUGGGUGCGACCAGCGAUCGAACAUGCCUGCAAAAACCACACAAUCAAAAAACGAGUAGUUGUGGUACACGGUCAUGGUCACGGCGGACAAGUAGGAAUGUUAGAUGCAACGUAAGACUAUGAAAAAGUGAAAGACGGGAAGAUUGAGAUUCACUUUACGCCCUUCGCUUUUUCAAUCAGGGGCAAUACAUACGAACUCCAUUACACGACCACGGAUGAUCAUUUUAAGCUUGUGCUUGUCGAUUCAAAUUAAAGAAAUAUAAAAUCUGUGAUGAUGUAUCAGAAGCGACAAUCUAUAGACUAUAUCGCUUUGCAGCUCUUUACCUCACCCCCGACCUCACCACCUCUUUAUCUACAUAGGAUAGAUCAGAAUCAAAGGCAAAUAGAGAAGAGAAACAAGGCGAAAUGGAUCGGAAUGGGCUGCGAGCCUUUGGCUUUGGCACCGUACCUUGACACAUGAAGUGGAAACAACAAAAAAUUUCAGUAUAGGAC